UUUGAAGCGUUGUCUGUUUAUUUUCCUUGAGGUGGUGGUGAGCUCUGUGUGCUGUCAGAGAAAAAGUUACAGAACUCUGAUGGCUAAACUAGAGCUGGUACCGCUGAGAUCGUGGGAUGACUUUUUCCCCGGCUCGGAAAGGUUCGCCAAACCGGACUUUGCAGAUAUGACGAGAUGGAACAACCGAGUUGUCAGCAACCUGCUUUAUUAUCAGACUAAUUACCUGGUACUCGCCAUCGCCGUUUUCUUUAUUGUCGGGUUCCUCAACCCUCUGGGAAUGUUCACAGCCAUGGUUGUGGUGUCGGCCGUCUUCCUGGGCUCGGUUUGGGCCGGAGAAAACCGAGCCGUAAUCAAGAACUUCAAGAGGCAGAACCCCACAGUUUUUGUGAUUGCCGUCAUGGUGGCCAGUUACAUGCUAAUCUCUCUGCUGGGGAGUGUCAUGACAUUUAUGACAGCAAUCACUUUACCUUUGACUUUGAUAGUCGCACACGCUUCGUUUCGCCUCCGCAACAUGAAGAACAAACUGGAAAACAAAAUGGAAGGCGCAGGGCUGAAGAGGUCUCCGAUGGGCAUUUUUCUUGAGGCUCUGGGACAGCAAGAGGAAAGCCUUCAAAAGAUUCAGACUUUUCUGGAGGGAAAAGUGAAGGAGUAACUGCCUUUUUCUCCAAAAUGCAACCACUUUGAGUUUCUCUGUUGUCUGACAUGUGGUGUUAAAGAAAGGACUGCAAACCAACAAAUGUUAUCUCCUCCUCAGGGUAUCUUGUGUUAUUCCAAUCAGAACUUGUCAGGGCGCUUUCCCCCCACAGCGAUCAGGGCAUGCCUCACGUCUCUGCUGUGCAGCUCAUCAUAUUGUGUCCUGUGCAGCUGUAGGCUUCUUGUUUAUGAAAUCUGGGUUUAAUCAGUCUCAGAAAGUCCUCAGUUUGCACUUGAGUGAAAUUGUGAAAGCAGCGCAAGUGUUGCCUUUUAACAGAGGCUGAAAAGUGCACACUCAACAUGCAUCGCUGCCAAGACCAGAGCGUUUCAAGUUCAUGAGGGAAAUCUCUUCACAUUCAGAGUAACUGUUUACUUCAGUGCAGAGUUGCUCUUGCAAAUAAAGAGAAUCAUGCAAAAGAGUGA